AUGCCCUUCAGGCGCAACAUCCGCUUCCCUACUCGCGACACAAACAUCAGUCCAACCACCAUGUCUUCGGCCACACAAGACCCACAAGCCACCACGGCACCCUCAGAUCGUCUGGCUGAAAUGCUAGACUCGUCUGCCCGCAUCGAAGAACUAUCCUCGGCCCAGGAAGAAGAAAUCCAAGAAGCAGACGACGACUCCGAAUACGAGACUUCUUCCGACAGCGACGAUGGCCAAAACGUACAUGCCUGGAUGGGCUCAAAGCUCAAGCCCAACCUACCCUUCUACUUUGCAUCUCCUGGCCCGCUACAAGACAGUCUGGAGACGUCAACUUCGGUCGCUCAAGAAAAGACAAUGAGAGAGGUUAUAGACCUGAUGACGGGCAAAGAACAAACCAUCAUGGAUGUCAAUGUAUAUGGUCUGCCACAUCUUCUAAAGACCAAGCAUGCUGCCUUUCUUCGCACGAUCUUGGGAAAAUACCCUCCACCUUUCCAAGUCAUGGAUGCUAGUCGACCUUGGCUGUUGUACUGGGCGCUCAACGGUCUGAGAACGCUGGGAGUCGAUAAUCCUGAAGGCGGCUUUGGUGGUGGUUACGGUCAUCUUUCUCAUGCUGCGGCGAGUUAUGCUGCUACGUUGAGUUUGGCCCUGGNNUGGCACUGGCUCGGCCAAGUCAAGAACCCCUCUGGCGGCUUCAACAUGGCCGUCAACGGCGAGCAAGACGUCCGCGGUGCCUACUGCUGCAUGACCAUCCACACCCUCCUCCACCUACCUCUCACCCUUCCACCAUCCUCGCCCGCCCGCGCAGCCGGCCUCGAAUCCUUCACCUCCAACCUCGGCUCCUGGAUCAGUACUUGCCAAACCUUCGAAGGCGGACUCGGCGGCGCACCAGACAACGAAGCCCACGGCGCCUAUGCAUUCUGCGUUCUCGCCUGCCUCUGCAUCCUCGACUCUCCCACCAAAGCCAUCCCCACAUACCUCGACACCAAAUCCUUGACCCACUGGUUGGUAUCUCGUCAAGCCUCCCCCGAAGGCGGAUUCAGCGGCCGCACAAACAAACUAGUAGAUGCAUGCUACAGCCACUGGGUAGGCGGCUGCUGGUCCCUUCUCGAAUCCGCCCUUUCCAUUCCCGCUGAGAAAUCACUCUGGCACAGAGAAGGCCUAGUCCGCUACACUUUAACCUGCUCACAAGCCAAGAAAGGCGGGUUGAGGGAUAAACCAUCCACACGCCCUGAUGGCUAUCACACAAACUACUCGCUAGCGGGAUUGAGCGCUGCGCAAUACAUCUACACGUACAAGCCAGAUGCAAAUGAGACACAAACAGCAGAGGAAGCUUUGACUGCGGCCUUCAAGUGGUCGUUUGAGCGUCCUACUCAGCAACAGAUGAAGGAAUGGUGCUUUGAUGUUAGAGAUAUGGUUGAGCCCGUGCAUCCUGUCUUCGUCUUGCCGUUUGAUGUUGUGGAAGACACCAGGGCAAAGUUUGCUGCUAAAGUUGGUUUUUAG